GAUCUUCAACCGCUCGAUCCGCCCGCUUCCACGGUAUCGCAUCGGAUCGGCAUUCUUCUUAAUACAUUACCACCAUGUUCACUGGCCUCGUUGAGAAAAUCGGGACGGUCUCGUCCCUCGAGCCCCUCGAUACCUCGUCAAGCGGGGGCGGGGGCACAUCCUUGACCAUCACCGAUUGUGAGGAGAUCCUCACGGACGUCCACCUGGGUGAUAGUAUAGCUGUGAAUGGAACCUGCCUCACCGUAACGGCCUUCAGCCCCACGUCCUUCAAAGUCGGCGUCGCACCCGAAACCCUCCGCCGGACGAAUCUCGGCUCCCUGGUCACCAACUCCCCCGUGAACCUCGAGCGCGCUGUGCUCGGCGAAACGCGCAUGGGCGGCCACUUCGUGCAAGGCCAUGUCGACACCAUCGCGCAGAUCCUCUCCGUGACGCCGGAUAGCAAUGCGCUGGUAUUCCGGCUGCAGCCGCGCGAUCAGGGCGUGAUGCGGUAUAUCGUUGAGAAGGGAUAUGUGACGCUGGAUGGGGCCAGUUUGACGGUCACGCAGGUGGUGGAUGGGCCGGAGGGGUUCUUUGAGGUUAUGCUUAUUGCGUAUACGCAGGAGAAGAUUGUUACGGCGAAGAAGAAGGCUGGGGAGUGGGUGAAUGUUGAGAUUGAUAUUGUGGGCAAGUACGUGGAGAAGAGUGUGCAGGGGUAUUUUGCUGGGACGACGAGUGGUGGGGAUAUGAAGAUGUUGGAGAAGAUGGUGGAGAGGAUUGUGGAGGAGAAGUUGAAGAGGUGAUUGAUUGAUUGAUUUCCGGAUUGUAGUGGAGGGGGAAGGGGUUAUUAAUUAAGGGGUUUGCUGGAUACGUGUUUGUAAUAGGCAGGAUUUGGGUAUAUUUUGGUACUCCUAACGGUCAUGACUGGUCUGGUAAACGCCCGAGUGACUUCCGGUCCUGACUCGCAAUGUUCUCAUCCAGUCGGGAAUAACUCAAUCCUCGUCGUCCAUG